AUGGAUCUGAAAAUGUUCCUAGUCUUCACCGCAUUUCUGCUUCACACUACCCUGGGCUUCCCUAUUCAGGACAACUCUGGAAACAGUACAGCAACAACAGAACCUACUCAGGUUACUACAGAAGAAGAUAUAUAUGAAUCUCCAUCACCUAUAGAGACAGACUCUGAGGAUGAAGUUAUUUUUAACAGAAUUCUGAAAGUUAACAAAGACUGCUCUCGGUACUUGCAAGAAGGUGACAUAGUCCCACAAAGGAGCCGCAGUGCCAUCAACUGUCGCAAUUGCUACUGGCCCCAGUCCAGCGAUGGGAUUGUUCGUGUUCCCUAUGUCUUGGAUCCUACUUAUGAGGAGAGCCACGUAAAAGGGAUUCAGGAAGCUAUGGCAGAAUUCGAAACACUGACUUGUAUUAACUUUGUGAAGCGCAAGACAGAACGUGAUUACCUCAGCAUUAAAUCUGCUGAUGGCUGCUGGUCCAACUAUGGAAAAGUAGGAGGUGGACAGACUGUCUCUGUGAUGAAAGGAGGCUGCAUGUGGAAAGGAAUAAUUCAGCACGAACUGGACCAUGCCCUGGGAUUUUUGCAUGAACAUUCUCGAAGUGACAGGGAUAAAUAUGUAAAGAUCAUGUGGGAGUACAUCAGCCCAGCUGACAGACCAGACUUCAAGAAAUUUGAAAACUCUAACAACCUGGGUCUUCCAUAUGACUAUUCUUCAGUAAUGCACUAUGGCCCAUACACAUUCACUAAUACCACUGGAAAAGCAACUAUUGUACCAAUCCCUGAUGGAGCAGUACAUAUUGGACAGAGGCAGGGACUAAGCAACAUGGACGUGGCCAAAAUCAACAAGCUCUACAAUUGCAGUCGCUGUAGCACUAUUCUCGAUGCAGCAUUUGGGUCACUGAAAUCUGCCAACCACCCAAGAAAUUACUCACAUAAUACCAACUGUGUCUGGCUUAUCCGUACCCGAUCGAGAAAGAUUUCCCUGCAUUUCCGUGCCUUUGAGCUGCAGAAAACCAGAGGCUGUCAGGGUGAUUAUGUCAAAGUUUAUGAUGGAUCCAGCAAGUCUUCUACGGUUUUAAUGGACAAAACCUGUGGAUCAAAGAUACCCACGGAUGUAGUUGCUUCUAGCAAUCUUAUGCUCGUAGAGUUUGUCACAGAUGGUGCUGGUACAGCUUCUGGUUUCCAAGCCACCUUUACUUCCGGUUUGCAGCAGGAAUUUGACCUAGCUGGCUUGGAGUAG